GUGUGUAACAUGAAACUGUUGGGGGAUGGUGAGCUUCUGAGCUGCAUUUCUGUGCUCUGCUCACAUUAGGGUAGACAGAUUGACACCGGUGCUGUCGGAUGAGUAACCGUGGAUGGGUUUAGGGACCUAUCCUUUGGUUUUAUUUAUUUAUUUUUAUUUUUAUUAUCUGUGUACACGUCAUCUUGCACCGCACAGGUCGAUAUUCCUACGCACGCUCCAAACGCGAGGAGGAAUGCGCAAUGUAGCGGAAUUUUGGGAGUGAAGAAAAGACCCUCUCCACAAGACUUCUCGGGAGAGAUGCGGAGACACAGGUUCCACGAGACAAAGAACUGACAGCGAGCUAGAAGAAUAAACGAAGUCAUAAAUGCGUAUACACUCGCGCUUCGUAUGGGUGAAGCCAGUUUGCUGGAUGCGACUUCAGAAGAGUGUAGUUAGUAAACGUUCCGCAAAGAGGAUUCUGUGUUGGUGAAAUGCUAGCUAGCUAGCUGGUUUGCUAGUUGGCGCUUAGCCUUGAGAGACAAAAACACAGUGUGUAGCUAGCUAGUGUGGUUGCAUGCUAAUCUUGCAAGCGAAGUAGUCGGCUACAAAGAGUAGCAACCUAGCUGGCUAAUUGAACUGAGUCUAAACAUGGGUCUGAUAUUCGCCAAACUCUGGGGGUUCUUUUGUAACCAAGAGCACAAGGUGAUCAUUGUUGGACUGGACAAUGCUGGAAAGACCACAAUACUUUAUCAGUUUUUGAUGAACGAGGUUGUCCACACGUCGCCUACGAUAGGAAGCAACGUGGAGGAGAUUGUGGUGAAGAACACGCACUUCCUCAUGUGGGACAUCGGGGGCCAGGAGUCUCUCCGGUCCUCCUGGAACACGUAUUACUCCAACACAGAGUUCAUCAUCUUGGUGGUGGACAGCACGGACAGGGAGAGACUGGUCAUCUCCAAGGAGGAGCUGUACAGGAUGCUGGCCCACGAGGAUCUGCGGAAGGCAGCUGUGUUGAUAUUUGCGAACAAGCAGGAUAUGAAAGACUGCAUGUCCGCUGCUGAAAUCUCCAAAUACCUCACCCUGAGCUCCAUAAAGGACCACCCCUGGCACAUCCAGUCCUGCUGCGCCCUGACAGGGGAGGGACUGUGCCAAGGCUUGGAGUGGAUGACAUCACGCGCCGGACUGAGAUAACCCCUCCCCCCCAGGCCGUUUCUCAGCUGUGGCAGUGGUGCCCGCAGUCACCUCACAGGCUGUGCCAACCGCACCGCACCAGUACUCUCACACACUCCCACACAUCCUCCACGGCUCCUCUGGCACUCUCAUCGGUCACACCCUCUCCGGGACUGGGCGGAGUCUGAAACGGGCUUCCCUGUCUGAACACUGCUCCGGUGCUCAGGGCCUGUUAUCUUACAUAUCAUCGUCAGCUGCUGCGGAGGAGUCUGCGGCAGUGUUCAGUGCGCGCGUGUUCAGCAGAGCGCCGCGGCCAUCGCGUUGCCAUGGAACCACUUGCACAUGGACACACAUGUCAGCACAGGGGCCCGCACCAAAUCAAACGAUGCGAUCCCACGUGCUGAUUUUACGGUUCUAAUUCGGUUUUCCGGAGAUGUUACAGAAAGUGUUAUAAUGGAAAAUACUUGCUUUUGAGGGGGUGUUACUAUGACAGGUCAGUUUAGAUUAAUUUGGUUUAGGCCUGUGUACAUGACAUUGGAACAAAGCAGGUAUUAUUUUGAUUUGUUUUAUUUAUUUUACUUUAUUUAAUAUUACAACUUAUCCGUUGCAGGUAUUUAAGGACGCCAUCUCAUAAGCUAGUAAAACACACACAAAGGCCAUUUAUGUCCCAGUGAGGGGUCACUAACCCCUCAGUCCUCUGAGUCCUAUCAGCCAAGCGCCAUGUCAGCACACCAGUAUGUUCUUUAGUGAGGGAGGGGUUUGUGGUCAGCUAUGCUGUGUUUGUGUGCAUGCGCGUGUGCUCCAUAGCAUUUUGAAAUAUGUGUAGGGAAUAACAGCUGGCCGUAAGCAUGGCAACAUGUGGAGGUGAGACCGCGCUCAUGGUUGAACGUGUGGAAUAUGCACCCUUUGAGCACUCUUGAUGUUUAGCACAGAUGGACUCUAUUGGCCGAAUUGUGAUGCCGAUUGUUUACCCCACAGUUAAUGAGGGCAGCUUCUCAGCGGUUCACUUUCUCCUCCUCUUCAGCUGUGUGCUUUUAACAGCGUCAGUGCUUUUGUGAGGGCCAGCUUUUCCCUAACAUUUCAGCCUGUAGUGAACUGUGCAAAUCGUCAAGAAUGCUCAGACAAGUGCUUGCUGCCUCUCUUGGGUGUUUAUUUAAACCUGACAGUAUUGCCACAACAUAUAUGGAGACCUAUUAUGAUUAUGUUCCCAAUAUAUUGUCCAUUUGUUAAGUGCUCCAGAGGCUAGGAAACCCAUAAUGGCCUGAUUUGUGUAGUAUUAUGUGCAUUUUAAAGGGCAGCAAGCAUUACAUCAUUUGCCCUUUCAACUCUUUACAGCUACAGUGUUGUGCACAGUGUAAAACAUGAAAGCUGAAUAUUUUUCCAGUUAAUUUUUUUUAAAUAGUUAUGUUCAGAUCUUUAUAGUCAAUUAUUUGCAGCUUUAAAAGCUUAUGAGUACUGUACCAUGUACAAAGAUAACUGACAGGGAUAUGGUGCUUUUCUGACUUUGGUUAUUUAACUCUGAGGUGGUGAACAUUCAAGGUUCUGACAGUUUGUAUCGCUCACUUUGCCGCAGAAUGUUCCGGAAACAUCUGAAGUCUGUGGAACCAGCCACCAUCAUGUGAAGCGUUUGUGUCAAAUUUUAGAAUGAUUCAGAAUUAUGUGUUAUGAAUUAGUUUCUUUGAACAAUACAGACUUCGGAUCCAUGUCACUUUUUAUUUUCUUGAUCCAUGUCAGUAUUUUAUAUCAUUGAUUUUGUUUUUCCUGGCCUAUCUGCCUGCGUGUUCCCUAGGCAGUUAUCAUGGUACACCUCUUGUUCAUGAGGAUGGGAGUAUCAGUAUGCGUUCAGAGGAUAGAUCUAUGUCUCACAGAGCCCUUCAAUAUUAAUGAUGUCCUGAGGAUAGACCUCAAGCACGAAGGAAACCAGCCCACACUUCUCAGUUCCGGUUGUCAGUUGUCAUCAUGAGAUGAAUUUCCAUACACAGCAUUUGUUGGAAUACCUCUACUGUGUGCUCCAUUUAAGAACAGAAUCCAUGGUGUUCACUUAAUAUUUUAGGGCUUUAUAACAAUCGGUUUACAACACUAUGAACUUUUGAUAAAGUCGGACACUUUUAAAGCUGGAUGAUGAUGUUUAUGAUUAUAUAUGGGAUUAGCAUUUCUUUUUUAUUAAAAUCUUUGAAAUGUCAA